AUCAGUUUAUCUGGGCGUCCGAGGAGACCAAACUCCCUGAGCUCUUCUCACUUCUGCAAAAAAUAUGGCCCAGCCUCUGAUUUUUUCCACAGGUUUAUGCUCUAAUUUCUCCGGCGAAGGCGUAGAAAAACGGCUUUCGUGUUCCAAAUGGAAGAAAACUCCCAGUCACCUGAAGCUUUCAUCUUGUUCCCGCCUAAACAUAACAGCAGGCUAUAAUGCUCAUCCCCAGGCUACUGAUAUUCCUUGUCAAUGGUACAACCUAAUUGCAGAUCUUUCCAUUAAACCUCCUCCUCUUCUGCACCCCCAGACUUUUCAAACAGUGAAACCAGAGGAUUUGUCCCCUCUGUUUCCUGAUGAGUUAAUUAAGCAAGAAGCGACCAAUGACCGUUUCAUUGACAUCCCAGACGAGGUUAUAGAUGUUUAUAGGCUUUGGCGCCCAACUCCCCUAAUCAGAGCGAAGAGAUUGGAGAAAUUGCUCGACACACCAGCAAGAAUUUAUUAUAAAUAUGAAGGUGGUAGCCCAGCUGGGUCACACAAAGCCAACACUUCCGUCCCUCAAGUCUGGUAUAAUGGACAGCAAGGUGUUAAGAAUGUAGUGACAGAAACAGGUGCUGGCCAAUGGGGGAGUGCUUUGGCUUUUGCUUGCAGCUUAUUUGGUCUUGACUGUGAAGUAUGGCAAGUUCGUGCAUCUUAUGAUCAGAAGCCAUACCGUAGACUCAUGAUGCAAACUUGGGGAGCCAAGGUACAUCCUUCACCUUCUGAUGUGACCCAAUCUGGUCAGAAAAUUCUGCAAUUGGAUCCAUUAAGCCCUGGAAGUCUAGGAAUAGCGAUCUCUGAGGCUGUGGAAGUUGCUGCUGCAAAUGCAGAUACCAAGUAUUGUCUUGGAAGUGUUCUCAACCAUGUUUUAUUACAUCAGACUGUUAUUGGUGAGGAGUGUAUCAAGCAGAUGGAGGCUAUAGGAGAGACUCCAGACUUGAUCAUUGGAUGUACGGGAGGUGGAUCUAAUUUUGCUGGGCUUGCCUUUCCGUUUAUUAGAGAGAAACUCAGUGGAAAAAUCAAUCCUCACAUUAUAGCUGUUGAACCCACAGCAUGCCCUUCCUUAACAAAGGGUGUGUAUGCUUAUGAUUUUGGAGACACAGCAGGGAUGACUCCUUUGAUGAAAAUGCAUACACUAGGGCAUGACUUUAUACCCGACCCAAUUCAUGCUGGAGGUCUACGUUACCAUGGCAUGGCACCAUUGAUUUCACACGUUUAUGAACUGGGUUACAUGGAAGCAGUAGCAAUUCCCCAGACUGAAUGCUUUCAAGGUGCUAUACAAUUUGCUAGGUCUGAGGGGCUGAUACCAGCACCUGAACCAACUCAUGCAAUAGCUGCCACCAUUAGGGAAGCACUUAAAUGUAGAGAGACUGGAGAGUCUAAAGUCAUUCUCAUGGCAAUGUGUGGACAUGGCCAUUUUGAUUUGCCAGCUUAUGAGAAGUAUUUGCAGGGCUCUAUGGUUGAUUUGUCAUUUUCAGAGGAUAAAAUACGUGAAUCACUGGCCAAAAUUCCUCAGCUGGUAUCCUGAAGGAAGCAGAGUAGAUGUUUUAUUUACUUCUCACCGCAUCAUAAAGUCCAACAAUUCAGUUAUGAUUGCACUAAUGAAGAUUGCAAGUCUUAGCUUUGCUGGAAAACUAUACAAUUUGGGCAUCCUUCUUGUUUAGAAAGAAAUGGAAUAAAGUUCCUGUCUGUAAUUUGAUGAAGUUUCGGGUCAUUUCCUCGUCUGCAGUAUUGCGCUUGAUUCUUCAGGAUUCUGUUCAGAGUAAAGUUACGGGAGCAUGCAAUUUGGUGUACCAGUUCUAUUUCCUGAAUUAUCAUUUCUUACUGAGAGAUUACAUAUAAUUGUUGGAGUAUUCAGUGUUACUUGUAUUAGGAAAAUCUUGGAAAUUCUAUUGUCAGCAGAUGAGUAGUGGCUUUUUGUUGAAUGC